AUGAGCGACCAUCACAAGCCCUCUUCCAAUCAGCCAGUUACAUUGGCUCGCCCCAUCACUCUGACCUCCGUCUUCCAUCUCCUCCUCGGCAUCGUGAUCCCCUCCUUCAUCCCACUCUGCGGCCAUCGCCUCCUGGCCUCAGGCUUAGUCUGCAUACGUGAUAUCUACCUCCUCAUCGAUGUGGUCUGCCCCCAUGAUGCAUACCCCCCGGCCGACUACACCCUCACCUACCUCGCCUCCGCAAUCGGCUUGGUUAUCUUCACCAUCAUCAGGAUCUCAAUCGGUCUUUCAAGGAUCCCCAUGCCCAUUUGGUAUGUCAGCAAGGUCGUAGCAGCUCCCGUCGGGUGUGUUACGAUGCGGCUGCUCGCGGUGGCCGAACCCGACCUCGGGAUCGUCGCCGGUCCGAGCCUGCUCGACCCGACCAGGAUGCUCGUUGGACACCCCGAUGAUGCCAUCCCCGGAUAUGCCCGCUACGGACACUUCUUCAGAAAAACAGUGUCGCCAUCCGAGGAGAAGAAACCUACGGAUACGCGCAGGCUCGGGCUGAAGUGCCUGAUAUGCGCAUCCACGCUCUCUUUUUUGAGUUCCAGCUGCAUCGCGACCUUCGUGGCCUGCAGCACCACCAUAGCACACUGGAUACUCGGUGUCUACUCCCCGCCCUGGCUUGACCCCUCGGGCCAGUUCGAGUCGGUCUCGCUCAGGACCACUUUCGUCGCGACAGUGGUUUCCGCUUGGCUCAUCGAUGUCCCUGGCGUGCUCGUUGUGGACCUCUUGCCGCUCGCGCUCGCGGGGGAUUAUAAAUCGGCGGCCGUCGUAUUUAAGGAGCACGUCUCGGAGAUCAAGCGGUGGUGGGCACAGAUCACCUCCCGGACCUCCUCGAGGGUCAUACGCCUCCUGCACCUCAGGUUUGGGCGGUUCCUGACCGCGGGUCCGCCCGGAAUAUGGCUGGGAGAGAAAAAUGCUAACGACGGGGGCUUGGAUUUUCGGCAUGCUUCCAUAGCGAGUGUGGUCGCAUGUGGGCUUUACGUCGCCACGGUAUGGGUCGAUGAUUGGAUGAUGUACCGCUGGAAGGGACACACCAACAGUGUCACGCACGAGGACGAUCAGGAGGCUGAGGAGGUAGAGAAGGGUCAUGAGCAGAUUCUGGCACAAGCAUAG